CUUUAAUAAAAUGGAAAUACAACAAACAUCUUGAGCAUAAAGAUUUAUGUUUUAAUACCCAUAGUGUAUCUUUCUACUGAAAUUCUAAGUAUAUUAUUAAUGCAGCUCUUGCAUUAUUGCUACUGAAAAUAUACACUCCUGCAAUAGCUCUCGUCUAAUGUAACUUCUACCCUAAUCUCCUGAAGGAACAAUGUCUGGUGUGUGCUUUCUCCUUCUGAUGCUCCCUCUGCUAUCAGCUCAGACUUAUCACUGGGGUCCCUGUCCUACUCCGAAGGUGCAGCCCAACUUUAACCUUCAGCAGUACCUGGGUAAAUGGUAUGAGAUUGAGAAGCUGCCUGCUCCCUUUGCAAGAGGAAAGUGCAUUGAGAUAAACUACUCCAUUAGGAGAGAUGGGACCAUCCAGCUGUUGACCUCGCAGAUCUAUAAAGAUAAGAAGAGGCAUGCAGAAGGGACAGGUGUAGUUUCAGACCCACGAGAACCGGCCAAACUGGGAGUCAGUUUCUCAUAUUGUAAGUACUUAUUAUCCUUAUUUUAUCAACUAUUUGAUGAAACGUUGCAGUAUUCCUGCUUUACUGAGAUCAAAUUGUACGAAGUCUGGUGGUCCUUUGAAAUUACAUCUUGACAUUUGUAUUUUUUCACUCAAACACCUUCUGUUGGCUAUAAUUUGGAGCUGUCCAGUACUUUAGUUGAUGACAAUAUAGUGUGAGAUUGUGAGUAUACUGACAUGCUGAUACAAGCAUUUGCCUUAAAGCACUGUGAUACUGUACAGUUUUACAGUCAUGGCUGUAGCCGGUCUUAUUUAUUGAACCUGUUGUAUCAUCAUGAUGUUUUAAUGUCGUAAUUACCUUGACUAAUUUAUCAGUGGGCUGAUUUUAUCAACUCAUGUUACAUAUUUGCUGAUCUAUCAGUAUUAGCAUUUUAGCCAAUAAA